UUCUAUAAUUAUAGAUUCCUAGCACGAUUAUUGAAUACGUCUUCAAGAAUGCCGACAUAGUAAAUGACAACGUUUUUACUAACUAGACGAUUAAAAGAAAAGAUUAAAAGACUCGAUUCAAAAACUCGAUUCAAAUUCCACAGUUUGCAUUUUAUUAGAGAAUUUAUUUUCUUAAAUAUAAUUUUAGAAUAGCGAAUGAUUAAAUAAAAUUUAAUUUUUGAAGUCUUAUUUAUUUAAUAAAAAAAAAAUUCAAAAUUUAAUUCUUUUUUAUUAAAGAGAAAAAUGUAUUGUGAAUGACACGAAUAAAAUUUUAUCGUUAGCAAAAAAUAAGUAUUUUAUAUUCAAGACAACUACCUAACAUUUAUAAGUCAAUGUUGGACCUUGAUCUUGCUAUUGUUUGUGGGCAGAAAAAUGCAAAGAAAGAUGAAGAAAGAAAAGAUGAAGAGUUCAAAUGUCCUGAAGGUCAAGGCAAUGGUAAUUUUGCAGACCCAGCAACAUGUAGAAGAUUUUAUCAGUGCGUUGACGGGUAUCCAUAUUUGAACAGAUGUCCAUCAGGAUUACAUUUUGAUGACAUUAGUAAAUUUUGCACUUUUAAAAAUGAAGCUCGUUGUGGACCUAUUGCUACAACUCCAGCACCCAUCACCGAACCACCAAUUGAUUUAGCAGAAAAAUGUGAUCCUGCAAACUGUCAGUUACCUUAUUGUUUUUGCUCGAGAGAUGGUACAAUAAUUCCUGGUGGUCUUCAUCCAGAUGAAACACCACAAAUGAUAAUAAUGACAUUUGAUGGAGCAAUAAAUCAUAAUAAUUUUGAUCAUUAUCAAAAGAUAUUUGCUACUGACCGAUUAAAUCCAAAUAAUUGCCCUUUGAAAGGCACAUUCUUCAUUUCUCAUGAAUAUUGUAAUUAUAAUAUGGUUCAGAGUUUAGCACAUGAUGGACAUGAAAUUGCUACUGAAACUAUAUCAUUACAAAAGGGAUUAGAGGAUAAAGGAUAUGAGGAAUGGGUUGGAGAAAUGAUAGGAAUGCGAGAAAUACUUAAACACUUUAGCAAUAUUUCAAUAAGUGAAAUUGUGGGUAUGAGAGCUCCUUAUUUAAAACCAGGUCGAAAUACUCAAUACAAAGUAGUGGAAGAUUUUGGAUACAUAUAUGAUAGUAGUAUUGGAAUUUCUCCAUUAAAAGUACCAAUUUGGCCAUAUACACUUGAUUAUAAAAUUCCACAUGAAUGUAAAGCAGGCACAUGUCCUACUAAAUCAUUUCCAGGGGUAUGGGAAUUACCACUUAAUGCACAUUAUGUUGAAAGUUAUGAAGGAGGACAUUGUCCUUACUUGGAUCAAUGUGUGCUUCAUAAUCAUGAUCCUGAAGAAGUUUUUGAAUGGUUACAAGAAGAUUUUAACCGUUAUUAUGAACAAAAUAGAGCACCAUAUAUGAUGCCUUUUCAUACUAAUUGGUUUCAAAUAAAGGAACUUGAACGUGGACUAUCAAAAUUUCUUGAUUGGGCAGUAACAUUACCUGAUGUAUACUUCGUAACAGCCACUCAAGCAUUAACAUGGAUAACUGAUCCAAAACCGAUAAAAUCUUUGAAUAAUUUUGAAGGAUGGUCAUGUAAAAGGAAAGAAAAUCUUCCUGGACCACCUUGUAACAAUCCAAAUAAAUGUGCUUUAGAUUUCAAACCUACAGAAUCAAAUUUUACUACUACAAGGUACUUAGAAACAUGUAGGGAGUGUCCUAAUAAAUAUCCCUGGUUAGGAGAUUCUAAAGGAACUGGAUUAUAUAAUGAUAAUUAUAAUCCUGAAAAAAAAUAAAAAUGUUUAAAACUUA